AUGAGCGACCUUCCCGUCUUCCUGAUCGAUAACCGAGCAAGAAGUGACAGCAGCAGCUCCGGCGAGAACGGGCUUUCACAAGCUUUUUGUGACUCACUGGAGAAUCCGCACGACACCUCUGAGGAUGACAAGGCCAUGUACCCCGUCAACAAUGAGCCAAUCAUCCUAGACCUCAACCCUGAGCUGCGCUACGAGCAAGUCAAGGUUACCGGAUCACCAGAGGCCUGGGUUGACAGUGUGCUACCAGGAGCGGUGAUUGCGCGCAACGUACCAGUUCCGCUCGCCUUCGAUGACAUCCCCCAUGACCUCCGUCAAAGCUUCCCGCUUGUCAAGUUCAAUGGUUCCUACAGCUGCCGGAACUACGGCCUGCACCAGCAGGUCGCUGAUGACAAGAUGUGCAUGAGAGCACUGACGACCCCGGACGGAUGCGAGAACCCAGAGUGCUGGUUCCAGCACCUGCCGCCUACCACGGACCACAUCGCAUUCUAUCUGUCGCUGGGACCACUCGGCAAGAAGCUGAUCUACAACCUCACGAAGAACUUCGUGGCACAGUACCCGAAGUAUCGUCAUGGAGAAACGUCCAAGGUUGGAAAGCGGCCCAUUGGGCAGAUAACUGCUAGCAUCAGCGAGGAGCAGAGGUACGAGGUUGUGCCGACCGGCCUCAUAAAGUACAGCUGCGUCAAGAUAACUGCGCUCAAGUCGGGCAUCCUAGGCGAUCUCUUCAGGCAUGGGACGAACUGCACGCCAGUGGUGCCGAACACAAAGCUCAGCUCCACGGUGAAAUGA